GUACUGAAUCAGCGGCCAUGCGCAAAUGGAUUCAGAGGAGGGAUGUGCUGUGUAGGCUGGAGUCUACAUAAGCUCUCUGUCUGUGGGACUGCACACACAACGCCGAGUGCAAAUCACAGCUACAGCUGGAGCUUUACUUCUACUUGAUUUUUAUCCAGGCGCACUGAUUUUUUUGGGGGAAAACAUCAAUCAAGAUUGUCUGACGGGAGCAGGACAAUUUAAUAAUGAAGCUCAAGCCAAACCAGACCAGGACAUACGAUGGCGAGGGCUUCAAGAAACGAGCAGCAUGUCUGUGCUUUAAGAAUGAACGUGAGGAAGAGGUGUUGCUGGUUAGCAGCAGCAGGCACCCAGACCAGUGGAUCGUUCCCGGAGGAGGGAUGGAGCCAGAAGAGGAGCCGUGUGGAGCCGCAGUGCGAGAGGUGUUUGAGGAGGCCGGUGUAAAGGGCAAGCUAGGACGUCUACUCGGUGUAUUUGAGCAAAACCAGGAUCGGAAGCACCGGACAUACGUGUACGUGUUGACCGUCACAGAAACACUGGAGGCCUGGGAAGACUCGGUCAACAUAGGCCGUAAGCGGGAGUGGUUCACAGUGGACGAGGCCAUCAAAGUGCUGCAGAGCCACAAACCCGUCCACGCAGAGUACCUCCGGAGGCUCCAGCUCAGCUGCUCCCCAACCAACGGAAACUCUAUUCUCCCGAGCCCCCCACCCAAUGACAACUACCCUCAUUACAGUGCUACAGCUACCACCGCCUCCACGGGCAGCGUGUUGGGUACAUCCUGCAGAUAGGACUGCACCUAAAAACCUUGAGUCCCGUCCCCCUCGGACAGCUCACUGAAAGUCUGUACAGUCUGCAUGAAUCUAAUGACUUUGAGUUACAGCUCUCCUGGUUCUAUCAUUUCUUCUUUUAGCUGCAGGACAGACCAAAGCUGUCGCCAGAACUGUUCAGACUGAUGCGAUGGAGCUGAAGAAAUCUCUGACAGGAAAAGCUGUGGAAAUAAUACAUAUCUCAAAAAAGACGUUUAGUUUUCUUUUGCUGGCAGAGCAGCAGAGCGAUGAGCCUGAAGCUUGAGAAGACGAUGCUACAGCCGUAUCUGCUGGUGAAUUACUCCAUGAAAGAAUGCCUUACAAUAACUCUGUAUGAAUGUUAUGUUUCAGCUUUUUUAUUUCACUGACGGUCAUUUUUUUAUUUAAUUUUUUAACACAAUGGAUAUGCUUUCCAGUCAAUAAAAGAGUAAUUGACACCAAAGCACAUCCACAUGGGGAAUGUUUCCAGACUUUAUAAUACCAUUGUCUCUAUCCCAUGAUGAUAACAGCAGAUUUCAUAUAAUAUAAUGCAGGGCAAGUUUAAAAAAAGGACAAUUCAAUUUGAAUGUGCACCCUCACUUAUUAGUGCUAAUCAACAAAAAUUGAUUGCUGUGAGGAGUUUAGUGCUGGUUAUGAAAGAGAGUGUCAAUAAAAUUGAAGCUCCCUCAAAGACUACAAAAGCAAACCAGGGCAUUUGGAUGACGAUUGAUUGGACAAAGUGCACGCUGCAGAAACCGCCUUUUUUGUUUUGUUAAUAUUCCACGGCAAAGUGAAACAUUUGACAGUUUGAAUAAAGCAGGGUGAAUCUUUUUAUAGACGCACUACUUACACAUAUACAGGACACAAAUUAGCAUUGGGAUGAAAUGUACAGCUUUGUCCACAGGGGGCGCCAACAUGGCCACAACAAAUUGAAACCUUUUCUUUUUAAAUAAAUUUAGCAAAAUACCAUCACAGUAAUGGAUUUAAAGUCUAAACUGCAGGCUCGAAGGUCAUAGACUCUAAGAUAUCUCACAGGUUGUGAGUGAGUUGAUACCUCAGUCAACUUAAAACUGGAUCCAAGUUGAGACACUUUUUGUUAUCCUUCGACACGACAUCACUGUGUUUAUAGUCUAACCUUACGAGUCCACUAACCAUGACCGUUUCAGACAAAUCGGUCUGUUGUCCAUUUGGAGCCUCAUGCCGUUGGCACCUUUUUCUUCAGUGCGGGUUGUUUCCCAGGCCGUCGAAGUGAAAUAAUUUAACAGUGAUUCUUAUAUCUGCUGCUAAGGUCAGUUGAGUUCAUCUCAACACCAGUACUCCCCCCCCCUGUAUUUUCAGUGACUGUUCUACAAAAUGACUAGUAAGCAGUUUUUUCAUCUCAUGGUGCUGCUUGAUCAAAGCGACCCAAUGUCCACUACUGUAUCAUAGUUAUUUCCACUCAAACAAGAAGACUCAUCUCAGGCUGCUCCCCCCACCUUUGUUUUGUUGUAAAGCCUAUAAAAAGUGCCCAGCAUAGUUUCUGAUUGUUCAUUAAUCCACUUAUUUCUGCUCUUCCUGCUGCCUCAAAGUCUGAGGAGUCACAUAUCUCAGUAUUUAUACUGCUCUGUUUUGUUUCUGGUUGAAGCAGAAACAAACAGUUUUGGGGGCAUAAUGGGGCCUUUAGCUUCCACAUCCACAUCUCUGGUCCUCCCUGUAUUAUCUCUCAUGCGUCUCCAACUAUACACGGAAACCCAAAGAGAAAUGGCUCAAAUCCAAUUUGCAGUUCAAAUGUCACAUAUCAUAUAUAUAUAUAUUGUUCUUUUGCUGUUCCCACUGAAAAGAGACACUCACUCCUGUGUUGACCGCUGAAUGAUGACGAGUAACAACACAGAGAUUUGUAAAUCGCUUUGAAGAGCAACAUUGUGUUUUUAUCUUGAAUGGACAUGUACAUUUUCUCUCAAUAUUUUCUAUAUUUUCUAACGAUGUAUAACUGGCAGGAAAACAAUGUAUAGAAAACCCACCAAGAACAGUAUGUACAGUUUCUUUGUAUCAAUGACUAUGUGCCACAGGUUUAGGAUGCUGGUAUGGAGUUGGGAUUGUCUGUGACCAAGUAUAAAGUGGACAGGGUUACAUUUAGAAUUGAAUGUGCUUGUCUAUUUACAAUGUCCUUUAGAAUGAGAUGUGAAGUGAGCCAGCACAAUAUGAGGAUUUACAGAUUGAAUCUUGAAGAUUUCAGGAGUGCUUGAAAAAUGAAACAAACUAGAGAGCAGCUUGCUAUUUUGUGUGUGAAAAACACACGAUUGUGUCUUAAUGACUGAGGACAAAUAUUCAAAAUUGAGUUUUUAUAAGAUUUCAGGAGGAAAAAAUUCAGUUUUUUGGAAAACAAAGCAGGAUGAUAAUGCUCAGAGGGGUGGAAGCUUUAGUUUGAAUCUUUCACACAUGUUAUUGUUUCUUACAGAUGUUUUGUAGGAUUAAAAACACACAUCUCCCCUUCUUACACACGUGGCUAAUCGUAGCUCUUAAACUCUGAUCUCUGUAAACUGCCUCACUACUAAGUCCAUUCUGCAGAUACAUAAACUCUGGCACACUAUUUCAGCCAUCACACACUAUCAUCCUUGUUUGAGGGUCAAAGAAGGGACUCCCACCACCUUAAGCCUCCAUGUGUAUACGUGUGUAUUAUCGGUCAAUGAAUGUGAAAAUGAUGUGCCAAAUUUCAAAACGUGCGAGUGUUCAGGUGGGAAUUUAACAUGAUAGAGAUUUUUAGACCAACUGUCAUUUUAGACUAAAGUCAUUUUAAAUGUGAAAAGUUUUUAGGUAUUAUAUCAUGAUAAUAAUAAUUAUUCUUAAUCACCUUAUGCUUUAUACGUUACAAUGAUUUUAAAAUCCACUCAAAUCCAAAUAACAUCAAUGAAACUUUAACCCGUUAAUGUUGAGUAUCAUAAAACACCUCCUCCUUCCACUUGUUGGAUCCUAUGUUUGAGUCUCUGUCGAUCUGUGAAUGCUCCUUUUACAGAGAAAUCAUGACCGCAGGGAUACAAACCAUCAAAUGAAAUCUAUGUGCUCAGGUACAACAAAAAAAGAAUCCACCAAAUGAGCGCUGUGACAUGAAUUAAAGACGGCAUGAUUGUUUGCUAAACACAAUUUUAAUGUUGCAUGGAUGUAUCCAGUGCAAACGAUUUGUCACCAUUUUUGUCAUGAAUAUUAUGCACAGAAACUUUAAAUGUGAAAACCCGGACUGGAAAGAUUGUUUUUGGGAGAAGAUUGCAUUAAAGGGGAAAACCGUA